GUAGGACCUGUUACUGGCGUGUGUUUUGUAAGGAAGGAAAGGUGGAUCCGAAGGGUGUUGCAUAAAGGUAUCAAUGAAGAUGUGAUGUCACUGUCCUUGUGAUUAUUGCCAGCCAAAGCCACACUAUUUAAGGUGAGUCCAGGUGAGUCCUCUCCUGUCAGCCCGGCCGCCAGCUAGCCCAUCAUGCUGCUCCCUGUGCUCCUGCGCUCCUGCUGCUCCGCACAUGUCCACCAGGUGGCCUCAGUGGGCCUCCACUCCCUGCGCUCCCCUGUCCUCCACACCCAGCUGCCCAGGUGGAGGAGAGCGCUACACAGCCUCCCUAAAACUUCCACACCCACCUCCCUCUCCACCCCCUCCCUCUCCCUCUCCGGGGGCACACAGUCGUCCGCAGAGGCUUUCCUGUUGCGGAGGUUACCGUGGAGACCGUUCGUCCAAUCACGUGGGGCGAAGAGCAGGAAGAGCCACAAGCAGACGCAGCAGGAGGAGUGGAGGCAGCGGAACCGGACCGUACUGACGUAUAUUGCUGCCGCGGGGGUGGGCAUGAUUGGGAUGUCCUACGCAGCCGUGCCCCUAUACAGAUUAUACUGCCAGGCGACGGGAUUGGGCGGCACGGCAGUAGCAGGUCACGACACGGAUCAGGUGGCGACGAUGACCCCCAUUACGGAGAGGGUCAUCAAGGUCACCUUCAACGCAGACACACACGCCAGCAUGCAGUGGAACUUCAGACCGCAACAGAGCGAGAUUUAUGUGGUUCCUGGUGAGACUGCGUUGGCGUUCUACAGGGCGCGUAACCCGACUGAUAAACCCGUAAUCGGCAUCUCCACAUACAACGUGGUGCCCUAUGAAGCCGGACAAUACUUCAACAAAAUACAGUGUUUUUGUUUUGAGGAGCAGCGUUUGAACCCGCAUGAGGAGGUUGACAUGCCCGUGUUCUUCUAUAUCGACCCCGAGUUCGACGAGGAUCCGCGUAUGGCCCGCGUCGACACCAUCACGCUCUCAUACACAUUCUUCGAAGCCAAGGAGGGACAGACACUACCUGUGCCGGGAUACGCUUAACACACACACACACACACACACACACACACACACACACACACACACACACACACACACACACACACACACACACACACACUCAGAAGAUAACCCAACACACACACACACACACACACACACACACACACACACACACACACACACACACACACACACACACACACACACACACACACACACACACACACACACACACACACACACACACACACACACACUGUCAGAAUAUAACCCAACACACAGACAUAAAAUACACUCACACACACAGAAGAUGCCCCCUGCACAACCCAUUCUAUUCUCAGUAGCAGGGGUGCUGACGGGGGGGACACUGCAAAAGGACACCCUACCUACCUGUCAGUCAUAGACUCAGCCUAUCACAACACACGGAGAGACUCCACUGUACUGUCGGAAUCCAAUGAAUACACACACACAGAGACUCCACUGAACUGAUGCAACGGGAGCUGGUGCUGUAUGUGACCCUGCCCCCUGGUGGCCCUCCUGUCUUAACACUCACAAUCUGUGCUGGAGUCCCAGCCACUUGUGACAGGAUAGGAGCCCUGUAUUCUGCGUCAUAGGAGCAAGGAGGGAUUAUUGCGCGGGCCUACCGGGCCCAGGCCCAGGGGCCCUGAGAUUCAAGGGAGGCCCUGAAGCCUCUGUAUUUUUUUUCAUGUCGCAUUAAAAUCACACUUAAAUCAACUGUAUUUUCAAAUUUAAGGGAGGACGCAACCCCGAUCUCUGAACAACAUAUGCCCCAUAUACUACAAAGCUGGUUCAGGAGUAAGAAAAUGAAGACUCUAUGCUCUUCUAUUAGAUGAUUUACCUCUUAACUUAACCGGGUUUACUCCUGAACAGCUUUGUAGAAUAGACCCAGGAUCUCAAACAUCUUGCCCAAAACUCUGAAUCUUUUUCUAAACUAGCAACACCCAUCGGAGGGGAGCCCUUCUUGCUAUCUGGCCCAGGGGCCCAUGGAGUCCUAAUCUGCCCCUGCAUGAGAGACAUGUAAGUGUCAGUGUAUUCUGCGUCGUGAAGGAGAUUAUCUGUGUGUAAUACUGACUAUGAGCCUUAUGUGAUAGCAUUUCACCAGUUUAUUCUGCAUUGUAAGGGGCACACUGAAGAAGUUAUUGCAUGGUUAGGGAGACAGACGUCUGUGUGACAAUCAUGAUGCCUGUUUGACUCUCAGCCUUUUGUGGCUAUCAAUUCUUCAAAAGUGGACUGUUAAGUCAUUGAAUAAAGUCAUAGUGAAUAUUU